GGUGUACAGGAGCGAAGGGCAAGCAGUGGGGUCACCACAAUGAUGAGGAUAGACUGCGGGUCACCCCUGUGACAAAGAGGUCUCCUCCGAGACAAGGAUGGGUGACCGGGUCAUCGUAGGGUUGCCACCUGUCCGGGAUUCACCCGGACAGUCCGGGUUUUGACCUGAAACCCGGACACAUUAUUCAGCGAGGAAUGUGGCCCGAAACAGGGCUUGACACUUGCCAGGAGGAUAAGGGGACACUAUGUGUACCACAUUACUAUUCUCUUUGGAGUGUCCCAGGUGUUCGUCACCCCAGGUUGAAGGCGGACAGUGGGGGUCACCCCCAGGAUAAGAGCGGUCAUUAGUUGAGAGCUGCACCCCUGUAAUAAGGGUGGAUGGCAGGUCACCCCAAUGACGAGGAAGGAAGAUGUGGUCCCCUCCACGAAAAGGGAUGGGUGGCGGGGUCAUCAUCAGGAUGAAAUCAGAUGUUAGGAGGCACCCCUGUAAUAAGGGAGAGGAGGAGAACCCCUGCAAUGUGGGUGAAUAGUGGGUCACCUCCAUGACGAGGGACGAUGGUGGGGGUCACCUCCAUGACGAGGGACGAUGGUGGGGUCACCUCCAUGACGAGGGACGAUAGUGUGGUCACCUCCAUGACGAGGGACGAUAGUGGGGUCACCUCCAUGACGAGUGACGAUGGUGGGGUCACCUCGAUGAAGAAGGACGAUGGUGGGUCACCUCCAUGACGAGGGACGAUGGUGGGUCACCUCCAUGACGAGGGACGAUGGUGGGUCACCUCCAUGACGAGGGACGAUAGUGGGGUCACCUCCAUGACGAGGGACGAUGGUGGGGUCACCUCGAUGAAGAAGGACGAUGGUGGGGUCACCUCCAUGACGAGGGACGAUGGUGGGGUCACCUCGAUGGCGAGGGACGAUGGUGGGGUCACCUCGAUGACGAGGGACGAUGGUGGGGUCACCUCGAUGACGAGGGACGAUGGUGGGGUCACCUCGAUGACGAGGGACGAUGGUGGGGUCACCUCCAUGACGAGGGACGAUGGUGGGGUCACCUCGAUGAAGAAGGACGAUGGUGGGUCACCUCCAUGACGAGGGACGAUGGUGGGGUCACCUCGAUGGCGAGGGACGAUGGUGGGGUCACCUCGAUGACGAGGGACGAUGGUGGGGUCACCUCGAUGACGAGGGACGAUGGUGGGGUCACCUCGAUGACGAGGGACGAUGGUGGGGUCACCUCGAUGACGAGGGACGAUGGUGGGGUCACCUCGAUGGCGAGGGACGAUGGUGGGGUCACCUCGAUGGCGAGGGACGAUGGUGGGGUCACCUCGAUGAAGAGGGACGAUGGUGGGGUCACCUCGAUGACGAGGGACGAUGGUGGGGUCACCUCGAUGACGAGGGACGAUGGUGGGGUCACCUCGAUGACGAGGGACGAUGGUGGGGUCACCUCGAUGACGAGGGACGAUGGUGGGGUCACCUCGAUGACGAGGGACGAUGGUGGGGUCACCUCGAUGACGAUGGUGGGGUCACCUCGAUGACGAGGGACGAUGGUGGGGUCACCUCGAUGACGAGGGACGAUGGUGGGGUCACCUCGAUGACGAGGGACGAUGGUGGGGUCACCUCGAUGACGAGGGACGAUGGUGGGGUCACCUCGAUGACGAUGGUGGGGUCACCUCCAUGACGAGGGACGAUGGUGGGGUCACCUCCGGGAAAAGGAUGAACAGCGGGGUCACCAUUUUAAUGACUGCAAAUGUUAGUGGGAACCCCUGUAAAAAGAGAGAGGAGGGGAACCCUUGUAGCGCAGGUGGAUAGUGGGGUCACCUCCAUGACGAGGGAAGAAGAUGUGGUCACCUUCGGGGGAAAAAGGAUGAACUGCGGGGUCACCAUCGAGAUGAAUGCAGAUUUUAGGGGGCACCUCUGUAAUAAGGAAGAGGAGGGGAACCCUUGUAUUGCGGGUGGAUACGGGGUCACCUCCAGGACGAGGACAGUUGGAAUGUCACCCCCUAUGAUGAGGGAGGAAGAUGUGGUCACCUCCAGGAAAAGGAUGGACAGCGGGGUCACCAUUGGGAUGAAUGUAGAUGCUGGGGAUAACGGUGGGGUCACCUCCAGGAUGAGGGUGAACAGUCAGUAAGGUCAAUCCCCGGAAUGAGGACAAAUGAUUUGGGUCAUCUCUGGGACAAGAAUAGAUGGCCAGUCGCCCCCAUGACAAGAGAGGAUGGCGGGAUCACCCCCAGAAAAAGGAUAGACCGCAAAGUCACCAGCAGUAUGAGGGCAGAUAAUGGGGGAGAGGGGGCAGACAGAAGGUCACCCCGGUGACGAGGGGGGACAAGCAUGGUCACGCCCCAGGAUGAGGACAAAUGACAGGGUCCACCCCCCCGCAAUGGGGACAGAUGGUGAGAAGCCCUCCCUGUAGAUGAUGGGAUCACCCUUGCAAUGUGCGGUGGGCAUGGGGGGUCACUCCCAGGAUUGGGGUGGGCAGUUUGGUCUUCACUUGUGUAACA